CGCCCUCGCCGCGAGCAGAUGGCGAUAUACUCGCGCCCCAGCUUAGUACCCCGUGACGUCCCCACCAGUGCAGACUGCACUCCCAAACAAUAACUAACGAUGUGACUUGUACUCCAUGACGUGCCAGACAACGCUGCUCAUCACCACAAUGAUUUUCGCCUUUUUCGCUUUGUCUAUGCUCGGUAUUUUAAUUACCAGACCUGCUCCUUGCGUGACUGAAGUGCUCUGCCAGGAGGGGCACUCAUGCCCUACGCAAUGGAUGUGUUGCGAGCUCGGGUGCUGCGACGCCGGCUCCGUUACGACAGUAAACCCGCCGCGACGGGUAAACACAACACCACCAAUACUUUCGCGGCGAGAUGCCGACGAACCACCACUCAAAGAGCAUAGUUAUAGCUAUGCUUGGUAUGCGCAAUGGCCCGUACUGUUUCUUCUUGGAACUCUUGGCGGUAUUUUGAUUUGCUGCAUCUGGUGUCUAUUCUUCAAGAGACCAUCAGGACAUGGGGUGUACAUGUGUUCGAUGGCGUGCUGCGUGCGGCGGCCGACCUCAGAGCACGACUCAGCGGGCUCGGUGUACCCGCCGCCCCGCUACAGCCGCUGCGGAUCCUUCCACCAGGCACCACCACCGUAUUCUGAAGUUGCGUCUAAACCUGAUCUAUAUCCACUGGUCAUCACUUGCGGUGAGGGUGACGCCAAAGCUGGCAACUAUCUCAUGGUACAUUACUUCCGGAACUACGUGAUUCGUGCACCAGGCUCUCUAUCAGCGACGAGUACUGCAGAAUCUCUCAACUCCAGUUUCAUAUGCAACGCGGCGAAUGAGGCAAAUUCAAUCAUUCCACCGCCGUACUCGUGCGCGAACAACUACGAGGAGUGCGGCGUGGGCUGCGGACCACUGCUACGGUCCCUGUCCUCGCUGACGGAGCAGCGCGCUGCCCCGGCACCGGUCCCCCAGCGCUCCCGCACCGAACCCAUGCCCUCCAGACCACGAGACCCACCCGCUGCCUUCCGGGACAACCUUAUCACUUCACCUGUCCAACCCUUGGACUCUACCUUCGACCUUGAAUUGGAGCUUAUUGACUGCGAGAUGUACUGCGAUGGUGGAUGCAAGCCGCGACUCGGUUCAUCACCUCCAACUCACCAGUCACUCGAUGAAGAUGACGACAACAAUAUGUACAUGCACGAGGCUUACGGCAGCUUGCGGCAGUUCUACACUGGCAAACCUGACCCACCUGAGUCACCGCCGCAACCGACCAGCCCAACACAGACAUCCAGGGAUUCCACUUUACGGAGGACUAGUGACGAGAGACGUCACAGACGCCUUGAGAGCGUGAAGAAAACGCCAAGGCAACGAAAAACGAGCUUAUACAUGCCAUUGUCAGUAGCUUACCCUGUUAGGACUUCAAGAAUCUCCCCUACAACUCGGACCUCUUCUCGAUCAGCUCCAGCCACGCCAUGCAGCUCCCUUGUGCCCAAUCUUCUCACAUUCUCCCAGAGAGUGUCAGCUUCCCGACAUGGAUCAAGAUCGUCAAAAUUCGAAGAAGAGAGUGAUCCACUGCUCGCAGAGCUGGAACAACGCACUGACCACAAAUUUUAAAAGUCACACGAGGAUACUGAUUGCUUAAAUAUUUUUUAUGAAUUAUCUGUAGCCAGAUAUUGGAAUCAUGAUUGUGAUCCCAUUGAUGUUAUUUGAAUAAGUGUAUGUCAUUGUUUAAGGUUUUAAUAAAUUUUGUGUAUUUUUUGCAAACGGCCUAAACAGUGACCCCGCCCGACCGCAGCCGUCAUGUGACGACAACACAUUCAGUAAAGUUCUCAAUGUUGUGACUGUUUUACUGUGCUCAUUAUAUCUUAGAGCCUAUGCAAUUAUGUAGUUAGUUUAAUGUUAAUUAUUCAAUUGUAAUAUCGCGAUUAAGAAAAGAGCUUGUUGGACCAUUGUUCACUUGCCUUCUAAUAAGAUGUAACUAUUAAAAUAAAUAAA